CAAUAAAAAGGAGACAUCCACUUUGGAUUGUGUCGUAUAGAACAAGCUAACAGAAACGUACACCAAGAAACCCGGACGAACAAAAAUGAAGUGUGUGGCUUUAUGUCUCGGGCUGGCUUUGAUGAUCGGAGGAGCAUUGGGACUUGAUCACACAGACUGGAACUUUAUAACAACCGUUUAUGACGGGAGGAAAGUGAACGGAGUUUUAGGAAUCAAUCGGCGUAGUAUGCUGAUGAUACCGGAUGCUGUGACAGAUCCAUCUAAAUGCAACAAAAGAACUAUUAACAACCACGACUUUGAAAAGCAUUUGGUUGCCAUAAAGGACCCAGAGAAACGGGAAUGUAUGGUGAAGCCGCUUGGGAAAAGGGAAACAUACGACAGAACAAAAAAGGCUUUGGAUAAUGGGAGUGAAUUCAUCCAGACUAUGGAACACUGGGCAAUGCCUGACAGCCCAUUACCGAAGGACCGUGUGGAGAGAGAGAUUGGAAGUAUGUUGGCCGACUUCUGUUCCGAUUCCGUUGUUUACAUGCUCAAAAGAGCUACAAACAUCCAACUGAUGCGAACAAAGCGUUGCGUCGUGUGUCUCUGGUGUAAAAGUAAAAUCGCAACCGACAAAUAAAUCUUUCCGGAGUUACCUGCAAACAGAAAACAAAUAAGCUGUAUACUGCAUGAUGGAUGUAGCUUAUCGUGUUAUUAGCGGGAAAUAAAUUUAACAA